GAUGCAACACAACAGAAGAUCUGGUGAAGGAUGCGACACGACGAUAUGGCAGAGGAGACGGCGCCCUUGACAUGAGCAGCGAUUUCAGGAAGCCAAGGCUUCACGCUUUGCCGUCCUGGCACGCAAGGUGUCCAGUCCCAGUCGCACAAGCAUCUUCAAGCUCCCCCACCCACAAGAGCAUUCCCCCCCUUGCCUACUCUGCCUGCUCCUACUAAAACCCUCCCCCUCUUCUUCCUCCGCAGCGCGAGGGAUCUCGCAAAGGGUUGUGGUUUCCUGAAUCCUGAUGGUGGGUGUCAUGGAAGGAAGAUUGUUUCUUUGACCACGGAUGGACGCCUUUCUUUUUCUCGGUGGGGUUCUUGAUCGUGAUGCGCUGCCGCUCCUGCUCCUGGACGCUGACGCUUCAAAUUUAUCCCCCUCCGGGUGUCUCGCUGCUCUACUCAUCCGGGAUUAUUUAUUUCUUUUUUUUUGUCUGUUCUUGCUCUGGUGUUUGCGGUGUCUCGCUUCCAUUGGACCGAGAGAGACCGAUCUUGCGUCACGCGCGCACUGAUUGGGGUCGGAGUGCCGGUCGCUGACACCUGGGCCUCACCACCAACCAGUUCUUGGAAAACAGCAUGCUACUUGGAAAGGGAAAGGGAGAUACUUGCCGCGUUGGGAUUCUCCAACCAAGAUGAUCGAUUCUCCACUGCUCCUUUCCUUUUCUUUUCUUUUUGGUUCGGUUGUUCACUUGUUCUUAGCGACGAAAUUAAAUGAUUUCUUCUUUGUAAAAAAGGUGCUUUUUGUGUGAGGUGAUUCAAAGAAGGGAAGGAUGGCUCUCAAGAUCAAGAAGCUGCUGCAGCUGUUUUGUGUCAGUAAGAAGGAUUCCAAAAAGAAAGGCAAAUCCAUUGAUCCACUUUGGACAGCCUCCACUCCACACUCCUCUUUGAGUGUCACUGCAAAUAAGAGUCAUUUGGAUCCCUGUUCAAGUGGAACUGGCACUGUGCUAAGCAUGCAAAAACCCAAACCUGAAUGCACAAGUAUGAUAUCAUCAUAUGCAAGGACAGAACAUGGAAUUGGGAGUGAUGAUUACAUGUUAUUUAACCAAUUUGAUGUUGUUCAAGAUUUCUCUGAUCACCACUAUGCAAAAACAUCGCCAGGAAAGGCCACCAAAGAUUGGGUGAAGGCAAUCCAGAGUGAAUGGAAUCUUCUACAGAAAAAUCUACCUGAAUCUGUAUAUGUUAGAGUUUAUGAGGACAGGAUUGAUCUGCUCAGGGCUGCUAUAGUUGGGCCAGCUGGAACUCCAUAUCAUGAUGGAUUGUUCUUCUUCGAUGUCCGUUUUCCUGCUGAAUACCCAAAAUGCCCACCAAAAGUUCAUUACCAUUCAGGUGGACUUCGGUUGAAUCCAAACCUGUAUGAGAGCGGGAAGGUUUGCCUGAGCCUUCUGAAUACCUGGUGGGGUAACGGGUGCGAGAAGUGGGGCAAGUCAAAUUCCACCAUGCUGCAGGUGCUGGUCUCCAUUCAGGGCCUUGUGCUCAAUGAUAAGCCAUACUUCAAUGAGCCAGGAAACAAAAAUUCGGCUAAAACAACAGCUGGUGAAAAGAAUUCCAUGGCUUACAAUCAGACAGCCUUUGUGCUAUCCUGCAAGACAAUGUUGUAUUCACUCCGGAAGCCUCCAAAGCAUUUUGAGACCCUGGUUGCACGCCACUUCCACGAGCGUGAGCGUGCCAUCCUAGACGCGUGCAGUGCUUACAUGUCUGGGGCAGUCGUUGGAUCAUCUGCUGGGAGUGGUGCCAGAUAUGCCUGUGACAAGUGCUUUGCAGAUUUCAAGAAGUCGCUGACUCUGUACACUGAGCAUCUGAGGACCGAGUUUGCUGCAAACAGAAGUUGCUUGCUGGAACUGGAAAGACAGUCAUCGGUUGUAGAUGAGAUUGUGCCUGCUAGCUAGAAUUCUUUUGUCAGAAGAACACCUGACCAUUGCAUUACAAGUCCUAACGGAAAGGUGAAAUGGUGUAAUAGGUCACAAUUCACGCGCUUUUAUAUACACUGCUAGAGUGCUAGGUUCUAGAAGGUGCACCGUUUGGAAAAGGCUUUUGUAUCUGGUACAAGAAUUGUUCUUGUCAGGUAACCUGUUUCUGGUGAUGGGUCGUUCUAUGAAAAAAAUAUAUAUACUCAUUCCGUGCCAA